CCCAAUAAACUCUUUCUUCGACCUACUCCGGCAAAACACGAUUUUCCUUCUCCGUUCUUCGAUAAUCAGCGGCCUCGUUUCUUCUCACGUUGUUUCCCACUUUUUUCACUCCCCAAUCCGUCAAACCCUUGCUCCCCAAGGUCCUCUGCGGAUCUAUCCCAAUUCGCCGAAACCGAUUUUGCUCUCCGUCUUGCAUCGGCCGUUAGGGUAUCGUCCCUUUGCUCUGAUCUAGGGAUUUAUCUUCUAUAUAAUUCACGGAAUAAAGUUUAUGUGAUUGGGGCCGCUGAAGGGGGAAGAAAACGAGGCAGGGGAGAUGUACAGCAAUUUCAAGGAGCAAGCGAUUGAGUACGUGAAGCAGGCGGUCCAGGAGGAUAACGCUGGGAACUAUGUCAAGGCCUUUCCCCUGUACAUGAAUGCCCUCGAGUACUUCAGGACGCACCUCAAGUACGAGAAGAACCCUAAGAUUAAGGAGGCGAUCACCCAGAAGUUCACUGAGUACCUCCGUCGUGCUGAGGAGAUCCGCGCCGUGCUUGAUGAGGGGGGCUCUGGCCCGGCUUCCAACGGGGACGCGGCCGUGGCCACGAAGCCGAAGACCAAGCCCAAGGAUGGAAAUGAUGGAGGGGAAGAUUCGGAGCAGGCUAAGCUCAGGUCUGGGCUUACUUCUGCCAUCAUAAGGGAAAAACCGAACGUUAAGUGGAAUGAUGUUGCUGGCCUCGAGAGUGCUAAGCAGGCAUUGCAGGAAGCUGUUAUAUUACCUGUCAAGUUUCCUCAGUUCUUCACAGGCUAG